CGUUUCUGUUUUCUUCCCAGACUCAACCACCUCUUCCCGCCUCUCACCUCCUCGAACCCCUUCGACUCCCUCCAAAGUCCGCCUCUCAGUAAUCAUGCCUGCUGGGCCUCUCGACUUCAGACGGGCGCUCUUCACAUUCGCUCGCGAUGCCGUUGUCGCAGGGCAGUCUGCAGGUCCGGUCUUCGGAGCUGUCGCACAUAACGCAGGGUCCGCCAUCCACAACGCAGCUCUCCACGUCGCUGCUACCGCGCCACUCGCACUCGCCGCUACUGCUCAGAACAUAGGCGCUGUGACCGAGACUACACUCCACGCGGUACGCGAUGCCGUCGCGGCCGCGCUGAGUGCAGCGCCGCUCAUAGCUCAGGAUACGGCAUUCGUGGCGCACUUUGCUGCGCUGCAUGCUAAGGAUGGGUUGGUCGAGGGUGUGAAGCAGGCGUCCGAGAAGAUUCGUGCGUUCUACCGCGAUAAUCCGAAGAUGGUCACCGUCGCGCUCAUAGGCCUCGGUCUUGCGCUCGCGCUGCCGCCAGUGGGCAUCCUUGUCUUGAACGCUCUAGGUUGGCAAGCCGGCGGCGUCGCUGCCGGAUCCGCAGCAACCGUGAUACAGUCCAUACUAUAUGGCGCAAAUACUGCCGGCGUAUUCUCUGUGUUGCAGUCGAUUGGAGCGACGGCUGUCGUUAGCCUGCCUGCUCUUAUCGCCGGACUCGGCAUUGUUGGUACGGCAUUGGGCCUCAAGUUUGCCAACGAACAUCAGGCUGCAGCGCUGCUGGCUUCAAACGGUACAGGUGUGCUUCAGCUGUCUAACGCGGAGACGACUCCCCUUCUACAGAGUGAGGGCGAAAAUACCAAUGAAGAGGUCCGGGAGAAAUAGCUGCACGUUCGUCAGUGUAAUUAGCAUGAGGUAUGAUACUUGGUCGAGCGAAAUGUACAAAAGCUUUCCACAUCAAUGCUUGCUUCGAA